CCUAAAAGCCAGGCCCAUCUUUUACAGGAGAAGCUUCUUCAAUAGAGCGCCAAAUUUAGCUCUUUCUCCUGCUUAAUUAGGGUUACGGCUUAUCUUAACGAUUCCGUCGUUUCUCUCCGCCGUGAGCAGCAGUUCACGUCCAUAGGCAUUUCGAGCCGCACACACCCACCGGCCGGCCCUCUUUCUUUCUUCUCUUCUCUCCCUGGUUGACGCCGCCGCUCGCCGGCACGCCCCCACCAUCACACGUCGCCUCGCCGAAACUCCCUUUUCCUGCCCCAGCCCCUCCAUCUCUCAGUCGCUUGUCGUUAAGAUAGAUUACAACUUGUCUUGCUUUGAAUUUCGCUAUGACUUUACUUGAAGUCAUCAAGCAAGCCUCUGCCUGCUCCGAUCCGCUUGAUUCCCAGUCUGACUACCCCAUUCUCCUCAAUCCAGACGAUGUUCUGGCCAGUUUGAAAUCAAAAGUUGAUGAACCAGAUCCCAUUUCCCUUGUUAAUCCUAUUAUUGGAUGGCAAAUUUCGGAAACUGACUCCAAGGUGAUUGAUUUGGGGAAAAAAUUCCAUGAAAAUUUCAAGCAGAAGCUCAGAAAUCGAAACUUCUCAAGGCCUGAGUUUAUAAACAUUUUGAAUGUGUUUCUGGAGAAAAUGAGGGAAAGGGUCGGAAUUGCAAUUAGUGUUAGUUCAUUGGACAAUUGUUACACUAAGGUUCUGAUUGAGAAACUCGGGUUCUUGAUGAGUAAAGUCGUUGGAGACUUGGUUUUGGAAACAUGUAUUGCUUUUGAGGACUGGGAAUUGGUAGAGACUUUUGUUGUCAAUAAGCUUGUCAAACAUGCAUCUUACUCAAAUUUGAUUUUGAAACUUGUGGCGAAGAAGAGGUCAGAUCUACUUUGUCUUUGUAUCAAGCAAGCAUCAGAUUUUGGUCCUGCUGAUUUACAUUGCAUUCUGAAGUACUUUCUUUGUCCUUCCAAAGAGGCUUAUGCCAGUAUGUCUAAUGUGAGGAAGGAAUGGGAGGACCAAGCAUUGCUAGCCAUUCAGAAGGCAAGUGAUAAAAGUCUCAAAGGCAAGAAGUCCAAUCUGGCAAAGGAGGCUGCAAUUCAGCUCAUGGUAGCACAUGAUGGAUUCUCAACCAAGGAACUGUGUUUGCAUUAUCUGUUGGCAUCACCCAAUCUUGAUGAAGUAAUUCUUUCGUCUGCACUCAGUAAGUUGAAUCGAGAAGAGAUGAUUAAUUUGAUUCGAUAUUUGGGAAAAUGGUUGAAGAAAUAUGAGAGAUAUCCUCAAGCAGUUUCUUGCCCAAAAGCAUCUAUUGUGUUGGGUUUGAAGGCUUGUGAUUGGGUUCCCAAGCUUGAUGAUAUCGUCAGAUAUCUUGGACUAGUGCUGGACGUUAACUUUUCUUCAUUGGUAUUGCAUCCAGAUUUUCAUGAGGAGCUGAAAACCAUGGGGGAAUUGGUUAGUUCUCUAGCCUUGGAAUCGAAACAAUGUUGUUUUGUCGCUAGUGUAGCAGAAAAUUUGAGAACUGAAGUGUAAUUUGGUCGUGCGUAGAAAUUGAAUGUUUGUAGUAGUAUUACACCAUGUUUUUUUAUGGUUUAUUUAAGCGCAGCGAUACAGUAUUUUUUAAGGAUAUUUGGAGAUCAUUUCUGUAAACGGCUUUUUUCCUAGAGAGUAAAAAGGAAAAAACAAUUCGAUUAACCA